AUGGGGCCCCCGGGCAAUAGGGGAUCAUGGGGCCCCUGUGUCCUUGCCAAAACUCAAAAAAGCCUAUGAAAAAGUUUGACACCCCGGUCUAGAAGAAAACACAUGAGGAAUGGAAUUAGUAUUUACGUAUUGCUAAGUUCAGCUUUAAGAUAUGUGGCCUGGUAUCAGGGGCGGACUGACAAUUCAUGGGGCCCCCGGGCAAUAGGGGAUCAUGGGGCCCCUGUGUCUUUGCCCAAACUCAAAAAAGCCUAUGAAAAAGGUACCAGGGGUAUCUCAUGGGGCCCCCUACUGACCCCGGGCCCUCGGGCAGUGCCUGAGUUUCCAAAUGGUCAGUCCGCCCCUCCC